AUGUCCCCUGCCCGCCCUCUUCAUUGGACAACCAUCUGCAUCUCGGUUUCAUUCGGUACACUACACUGUCGGAAAGCAUGCGUCUCCCGUCUUCCCAUGCUGGCCAAAGCCGAGGCUGCUACCCUGCCUAAGGUAGCCAUCCCUCCAUCUUUGGGUCUCCAUUCUGUCAUCGUCCGCCCCAUUUACUCCAGUAGGGAAGACUUCAUCCACUUUGCCAUCCAUCCAGGGUCGUCAUGCGACCUUGAGUCAUUCCUGUUCGCUGAUGACUCUGUAUGCGCAUCGCAUAAUAAAUGCCAGGCUACCUCUGGGGGGGAUUCAUUCGAAUCGGACACGGGCAGCGAUGACGGCUUUCCCACUGCCAACGCCAAUGCCAACGACACAGUCAUGGUCACCGUCGCUAUAGCUGGAGCUGGCACUCUCGCCGGCCUCCUCGCCCACCACAUCAGCCAGUCCGCCAACCCAGUCCUCGUAUUGUCAAGAGUACCGCGUCUUGGAAAGCCCCGGCCUGCAUUCGAGUAUCAGUAUGACUGCCAAGUUGCAGUUGUCAACUACGGCGACUCCCGUGCCCUGCAAUACGCUCUCCGCGGCGUCGACCUCGUCAUAUCCACCUUCCGCGGGCCCGAGCAGAUCAACCUCGUCAAGGCAGCUCGCAGUGCCGGUGUUCGCCGUUUCGUACCGGCCGAGUUCGAAGGGAGUCUGGACCGCCGUCCUCCCGGCCACCGCGAUCCAUUAGACUUCGGGUCCGCCGAAGCCCGCCAGCUGCUCCAGCACUACGCCAACUCCAGGUCGCGCAAUAUGCAGUGGACCGCGUUCUCCUGCGGCAUCUUCUACGAACGGUUCGGUCCGGGAGGGCUCGGCCCCUACGGAAUGGGGGCGAGCAGCUGCGUUGCCAACCAGGGCGACUACCUUAUCGACGUCGGCGAGGGGGCGGCGGAUAUUGUCGAGUUGAACGCCGACGGCCGCUCGGCCCGUAUCUGCAUGACGUCCCUGGACGACGUUGCCCGCUUCGUGGCGGCCGCCGUCGAGUUGGGAGUCGACACUUGGCCUCGCGAGUAUAAGAUGCGCGGUGAUCGCAUGUCUGUGCGAGAUCUCUUUGCUCUCUGUAGUCGAGUCCGUGGAGUGGGCUUCAGUAUCCGAACCAGACCGUACUCGCAGCUUGCCGAACAACAACGGGAAUGUGAGCUCAACCAGGACUGGUCGCAGUGGAUGUACAUUGAACGCCUCCGGGCCACGGCAGACGGCCGGCCUGGCUUGAAAUACAGUGGCCCAGAGUAG